GUCUCGAGGAGGGAAGAGGAGGUGGUGGGGAUUCAAACUAAGGCAGGGUUUACAGUGAGUCAAACACUCUCCACAGACAGACCAGAGGCAGACUGAGCAGCGCUAAGAUACAGGCUUACUGGGACUUCCACCUGGAGCGUCUCUCCUAAACCCGAAGACAUGACCCAAACCAGGGAGCUAGACAGAGACAGGAAGUGAGAGAGAGAGAGAGAGAGAGAGAGAGAGAGAGAGAGAGAGAGAGAGAGAGAGAGAGAGAGAGAGAGAAGUACUCAUUUUCCAGGGAGAUGGAAAACUGAUCGUGUGUCCAAGACUUUAAAUCUCUAGUAGGUGGAAGAAGGGAGGAAAAAAGAAAAAGAAGCUGCAGAGAAGGAAGGACGAGCCUGAGGAUACUACAGACUAUGUUGCCAUGGAAACCCAAACUGGGAAGCGGGCGCGAGGACCAGUGAAGGUGGACGACCAUCCCUGACUCCAUCCUUGACACAUUACUGCACACUGUGGUGAGAGAAUGCUGUGGAGAAUAACUAUCCCAGUCAUACUGGCUGGCGUGCUCUGCAUCACCGCCGAGACCAAGAAGCUUCGGCCCCAGGGAUCCAUCCCGUCCCCGCACAAGACCAAAGGGAACCUGUCCUCAGAGCGGAACCACCGGCUACUGCAGCCGAAACCAGAGGUGUUGUCCUCCAGCAGGGAGGCCCUGGUGGUGACAGAGCGACGCUACCUCCGCAGAGACUGGUGCAAGACCCAACCCCUCCGCCAGACAGUCAGCGAGGAGGGCUGCCGCAGUCGCACUGUGGUCAACCGCUUUUGCUACGGCCAGUGCAACUCCUUCUACAUCCCCCGCCACAUGGGCCCGAGCUCCGGGCAGGGCCAGGGCCGCGGCCAGGCCUCAGGGUCCGGAAGGAAAAACCACAAUAAGGCCCAGGAGCCGUUCCAGUCCUGCUCCUUCUGCAGGCCGCACCGCAUCACGCAGCUCACGGUGCAGCUGGACUGUCCGGACCUGCAGCCGCCGUUCAGACACCGCAAGGUGCAGCGGGUCAAACAGUGUCGCUGCAUGUCUGUGGAAGUGAGCAGCCAUGGGAAACUGUGAAGGACUUCAAAGGUCUUUGAAAACCGAAGGGACAUCUGAAUAUUGUCAAAAGGCAGACAUUCCCGAACUUUGCCAAACAAAGACUGGCUUCAAGUUGAACUAUUCUGCAUCGUGUUUGACAAAUUAUGGCCUGUCACACGAUAAAAUGACAUGAAACAUGGAACUGAUAUUAAUACACAAAGGCCUACAUUGAUUUAAUCAGAGAUGUUGGUGAGCUGAUACUGUUGAGACUGAUCCAAGUGGCUGCGCAAGAGACGCUGAAGCAAUGCUCCUCCAGCUAUUUGACCAAACUCAUAUCUACCUGCUAUUUGACUGUUUGUUACUAGAGUCCUUUGUGAAGAAGUUGUGUUUGAAGCAGGGCUCAGUCAUUUUGAAAACCCCCAGUCAUGCCGAUCAGUCGUCCGGUGGAGACACACAGACGACGUUCACAUCUACCUGCUACUUGUAGAUCUGCUCUUCUGUGAUAUAGGAGAUAAGAAUGUGACUCUUGAGCUCUAUGACACAUCAUGUGCACCGUCAGAGACCAUGCUGAUAAUCAAUUGCCUAAAAGAAAAUGAACUGUACCCUGUGACCCCUUUAAAGUGUUUUUGUAAGAUGACAUCUGCAGUAAUUACAGUUUGACAACUAUAUUUUUUAAAUUGACUGUUUUAGAAGAAUUUGUAUCUGCUCUUCUGUAUGUUGUCCUUCACUCACAUGAUGUCGCAGAUGAUCCACACGUUUAUGUGAAGGACAGGAAGUCAAGAAACAUGAAGCAACACAGCAAUGGCCGGUGGGAUCCACGUGCUUGGACACAAGCCUGGCUGUUUCCUGUACAUUCGCCACUUGUCAGCAUGAAAGCAUAAAAC